CUCACAUAGUAACUCCUCCCCCCCACUACCCAUUGUCUCUCCAUACAGUAUUAGGCUGAGGGGAUGCCAUACUUGGUCCAGCGAGGGACGCAGGAGAGGGAGAAGGAGGUGUCAGUAAAUAAGUACUCACCAAUUCAACGGCCUGAAUGCAUCACUCCUGUCAAAAUGCUGCUGCAGCAGCAUAUAUCACAGUGCCAGCAGCAACCAAAGUGUGGGUCACACCUGGAAAUCAAAGGACAAGAAAGAUCCAGAGGAUGCAGAGAUGCCUGUUCCAAGUUGUCUGACUGAUGAGGACCUCAAGGCCACACUACGCAAACAUGGUGUUAAACCUGGGCCUAUAACUGCCUCCACUAGGGUCUUGUAUGAAAGGAAACUCCAUAAACUGCUGCAGUCUGACAGACGUGAAAGGUUGAAUGAAGCAGACAAAGCUGUACUGUACUCUGACUCUGACGAGGAGGAAAAGCAGCAGGAGAAGGAUGAAGACUUGGGUUCAGAAAAACAACCUGACCCUUCAGACCAAACCCAACAAGAGAGCAGCCAGCCUCCCCAGGAACCUGUGAAAGAUGCUUUCAAGGACAUCCUUCCAGACAAUAAGACCACUCCAACAGGGAUCUACGUCACUCGCCGGAGACCCAUCAAGGGUGCCGCACAGAGACCUGUCCAGUAUUCCUACCCUGACAGUCCUGUGAGUCCCAUGACCCAGCAGAGACGGGAGGUGGAGCGCUAUCUUGUACCCAUUCACAUACAGAUUUUAGUUUUCAUAAUUGUAGCAUGUGUCCUGUACCUUAUUUAUGUUAAUGUUGAGGACAGUCUAAGCUAUUGGUCAUACGGUGAGGACAGGCUUCUGGUUCAGGCAGAGUCACAGGACGCAGAUGUUGACUAUGCACAGGAUUAACAUUGCUUUAAUUUAGUGUUACUUUAACACCGACAGAUUUUGUUUCCCCUUUUAAUUGUUUGCAGAAGCAAACUGCAAAAUCCAGUUAUACUUUUUUCUUUCUUUUUGUUGUUUUGUUUGUAUGUUUGGUUUUCUAUAAUAUUGUCACUGUUCUUGUUACUAUAGAAGUGAUGCCGAAACGGACAAAUUUUAAAAAUUGUCUAUUUUCUUAACCCUAAUUGUAAUAUUGCCUUUUCACAGAACUUGUCACGGUACUUGGAUGCCUUUUUUUUUUUUUUU